AUGGGGGAUGAGCGGGCACCCAUGGGAGACGCGGGAAGAGCCUUUUCCCUGGACAACGCCUAUCUGCGAAGCUCCCAGGCUGCCCGGGACCCCAGCUCCUCCUGCACCUUGACAAGGGCGGUGGGGGCCUCGGCCCAGCUGCAGCUGAACUCGACCUCGCUGCCGGACGUCCGAGAGACCGAGUGGGCCUGGGACCCGGACAACCGGACACAGCAGCUGCUGGUCUCCUGGAAGCCGAACGGCCCUCGUCCCGAAUGGUACGACCUCGACCGAGAGUACAAGGCCAAGUUCAAGCUCACGGAGAAGGCCUUCCUGGUCAUCGAGAACCUCACUGUGCAAAUGAGCGGGCGAUACACGGCGAAAACCAAAUUCAAGUCAGGAAAAUCCCUGGAGGAAGCCUUUAGACUCUGCUUAUACGAGCCCAUCCCCCACCCACAGAUCCAAGUUCACUCGUCAUCCAGCACGAUGGGCCAGUGCAAUGUCAGCCUGGAGUGUGCAGUCCCGGGGACCACAGGGGACCUGACGGUGACCUGGCUGAGUAAGGACUUCCCCGAGGAGCCGGAGCAGAGAGGGGUGCUGGAGUCAGCCACCAGCUCCAGGCACCUGAGCCUGAGCCUGCCCUGGGACCAGUUGGAUGGCCACCUCACCUGCGUGGUCAGCAACCCCGUGGACAGGAAGAACGUGACCUUACACCUGGAGAGCGUCUGUCUGCGGAGGGGUUCUCUCCAGAGCAAAUGGCCUGUUUGGAGCUGGGUCCUCGUCCUCGUGGUUCUGAUGGUGAGCCUGGGGGCCGGAAUGUGGACCUGGAGGAAGAGGAGGAAGAUGGAGGCCGGGAGAGGCAGGUGCCGGGCCGGGCGUGCCGGGGGAGGGGCAGCGGCGGGAGUCGGGAUGCCCUGUGGGAAGACGGGCCAGUGUCGGCCUGAGAAGCACCCCGGUAAAGCCCGGGCGCGGGGGUGCUGA